GUCCACUCGUCGUGAACAGCUCGGUGAGACCGUUGGACAUCAUGUAUACCAUUUCGAAUAUCUACGUGCUUGCUGGCUUCGGCACUAUCGGUGGUGCCUUGUUCGGCUUCGAUGUCAGUUCCAUGAGUGCCUGGAUUGGCACGGAUCAGUAUCUGGAAUACUUCCACUCUCCUGAUUCCGACUUGCAAGGUGGUAUCACCGCUUCCAUGUCUGCUGGCUCCUUUGCCGGUGCUCUCGCUGCCGGCUUCAUAUCAGACCGAAUUGGUCGUCGCUACUCCCUCAUGCUGGCGUGUUGCAUCUGGGUCAUCGGUGCUGCCGUUCAGUGUAGUGCCCAAAACGUCGCCCACCUGGUUGCCGGGAGAGUGGUCAGCGGUUUGGCCGUCGGUAUUACAUCCUCACAGGUUUGCGUCUAUCUCGCCGAACUAGCACCCGCUCGUAUCCGUGGCCGUAUUGUCGGUAUCCAGCAAUGGGCUGUUGAAUGGGGUAUGCUCAUCAUGUAUCUGAUCUCGUACGGAUGUGGCAAAGGUCUGGCUGGAGCAGCAUCUUUCCGAGUUUCGUGGGGAGUCCAGGGUAUCCCAGCCCUCAUCCUGCUUGCCGCAUUGCCCUUCUUCCCUGAAUCGCCUCGUUGGCUGGCAAGUAAAGAGCGGUGGGAGGAGGCUUUGGAUACUUUGGCUCUACUGCAUGCCAAGGGUGACCGCAACGAUCCCGUGGUUCAAGUGGAAUACGAAGAAGUGCAGGAAGCAGCACGCAUUGCCCAGGAGGCUAAGGACGUUUCAUUCCUUUCCCUGUUCGGACCAAAGAUUUGGAAACGUACUGUUUGCGGUGUCAGUGCUCAGGUCUGGCAGCAGUUGCUCGGGGGCAAUGUCGCGAUGUAUUACGUCGUGUAUAUCUUCAACAUGGCUGGGAUGUCUGGAAACACAACUCUGUACUCGUCGGCCAUUCAGUACGUAAUCUUCUUGGUUACAACAGGUUCUAUCCUGCCAUUCGUUGAUCGCAUCGGUCGACGAACUUUGCUUCUCACUGGAUCGGUCCUGUGCAUGGCCUGCCAUUUCGCUAUUGCUGGUCUUAUGGCUUCACGUGGUCAUCAUGUUGACUCUGUCGAUGGCAAUGCGAACCUGAAGUGGUCGAUUACAGGACCGCCCGGCAAAGGUGUCAUUGCUUGCUCAUACAUCUUCGUUGCUGUUUAUGGAUUCACCUGGGCCCCCGUAGCGUGGAUCUACGCUUCUGAAGUCUUCCCUCUCAAGUACCGUGCCAAGGGUGUCGGUCUCUCGGCUGCGGGUAAUUGGAUCUUCAACUUCGCGCUGGCGUACUUUGUGGCACCUGCUUUCACCAACAUUCAGUGGAAGACCUAUAUCAUCUUCGGUGUCUUCUGCACUGUGAUGACGUUCCAUGUGUUCUUCUUCUACCCAGAGACUGCUCGACGGUCGCUUGAAGACAUUGACUUGAUGUUUGAGACCGAUAUGAAGCCCUGGAAAACAUACCAGAUCCAUGACCGCUUUGGCGAAGAAAUUGAGCGGCACAAGCACAAGGACAUGGUUGAUCAGGAGAAGGGGGUUGUGUCGACUCAUGAUGAGAUGGCGUGAUGAACUGUAUUUAUUUAGAUGAGUUAGCGAUUGUAUAUGAGAACAGAGAACGAUUGUAUGG